AUGUCUCAGGUCGCUGAAAUCCAAUAUUACCACCACGGGCGCUUCCGUGUUGCAGGUGGUGUACUGCCUGAUGCCAUCACUGCAUACCAGACAUUCGGCGACCCAAAGAAUCCGGUUAUCGUGUUUCCUACGUGUUAUGGGGGAAAGCUUGACAGUCAAAGCUACAUGGUAGGGGAAGACAAGGUUUUGGAUCCGCGUAAGUACUACGUGGUGACCUUUGCUUUAUUUUCCAAUGGAGAGUCUUCUUCACCCUCUAACACACCUGCGCCAUACAACGGCCCCUACUUCCCUACCAUCACAUACGAAGACAACAUCCGGGCGCAGCAUGCUGUGCUCACCCAGAAGCUUGGUGUCAAGAAAGUGUUUUGCGUGAUUGGAUUUUCAAUGGGCGCACAGCAGGUAAACGUGUUUGUAAAGAGUAAUGUUGAAUACAUCCCCAUCUGUGGAUCUGCUCGAACUAGCCCUCAUAAUCAAUGCUUCCUGGAAGGUCCUAAAGCUGCUCUUUCGGCUUCAAAAGACUUCCAGGAUGGCCACUACAAGAGCGUUCCUCAGCAUGGUAUCCGGGCAUUUGGCCGUGCAUACAGCGCAUGGGCAUAUAGCCAGGCGUGGUUUGCCAAGAAAGGUUAUCUCUUCGACGGAAAAUACACGAGCCUCAACGACUUCUUAAGAGAGGAUUGGGAAGGCGGUUUUCUAGAAGGGUGGGACGCCAACGAUUUAUUGGCACUCUUGAAGACAUGGCAGAUGGGGGAUGUUUCUCUCAUCCGUGACGGAAGUUACUUCGCGGACUGUCUAGGAGCGAUCAAGGCUAGAGGUCUGAUCAUGCCUUGCAAGACAGACUUGUACUUCACUCCGGAGGACAGUCAGAAUGAGAUGCAGUUUUUGAAUAACGCAAAGCUAGUUAUUAUUGAUUCUGAGUGGGGUCAUAUGGCUGGGGCAGGGUCAAACGCGCAUGAUGAUGAGUCCGUUCAAGCGGAGUAUUACCAUCACGGCCGCUUCAAAGUAGCGGGAGGAGUGCUCCCUGAUGCCGUGACCGCAUACCGGACAUACGGAGACCCAAGCAAUGACAAAGUGAUUGUUUUCCCGACAUGUUAUGGGGCAAAACUCGCCCUUGGGAGUCAAGACUAUCUCGUUGGGGAAGGAAAGGCCCUUGACCCAACUAAAUACUUCGUGGUGACAUUCGCGCUUUUCUGUAAUGGAGAGUCGUCGUCUCCUUCUAACACACCUGCACCUUAUGGUGGCCCGUACUUCCCAUUCGUUUCAUACGAAGAUAACAUUCGUGCUCAGCACGCAGUUUUGACAAAGCACCUCGGAGUGCGCAAGCUCUUUUCCGUGGUUGGGUUUUCUAUGGGCGGACAACAGGCGUAUCACUGGCCAGUUGUCUUCCCGGACUUCGUGGAGCGGUUUGUUUCUAUAUGCUCGUCUGCUCGCACGAGUCCCCAUAACCAAUGCUUCCUGGAAGGGCCCAAGUCAGCAAUGCUGGCAAGCAAAGAUUUCGCCGACGGUCAUUAUCAGAGCACUCCUCAACAUGGAAUCCGUGCGUUUGGUCGAGUUUACAGCGCGUGGGCCUAUGGACAAACUUGGUUCCGGGAGUACAAGUACCUGAUGGACGGAGAGUACCCAGACUUGAACUCGUGGCUCAGGGAGCGGUGGGAAGGGGGAUAUGUCAAUAACUGGGAUGCAAAUGACAUGAUCGCGCUCCUGAACACAUGGCAGAAGGGAGACAUUUCCAUCAUUCGUGAUGGCGGUGACUAUGAGAAGGCUUUGAAGAGCAUCAAAGCAAAGGCGCUUAUUAUGCCUUCGAAGACGGAUCUUUACUUUCCGCCGGAAGACAGCGAAACGGAAGUGUCGCACCUCAGAGAUGCUAAAUUAUAUGUGAUUCCAUCGAUCUGGGGUCAUGUUGCAGGGGGCAGUUCUAACCCGGCAGAUGUCGCCUUCAUAACGGAGAAGAUCACAGAGUUUUUGCAAGCGCCUUGA